AGGCGACGGGCGACUCGGCUAAGCGAGAGCGUGUUAGCUACGGGAGCUAGCCCCGCUAACGUGGUUUUACGCGUGUUCUGUCCGAAUUAGCUCCAAAGCUUUCCUAAUACCACAGCUGGUAUUGUUGCCGUGAGUGUUUCACGUCGUGGAAGUUGAAUCUCGGUUGAAAGUAAUACAAAGUUUGGCGGUUGAAGGUGCGAGCUAGCUUGUUGCUAAUGAAGCUCACCUGGCUGGAGGUGACCUCGGCGUCACUUCCUGGUUCUCAGUGAAGAAGAACAUUAUUAUUAUUAAUAUUAUUAUUAACUUGUAUUUGACCAGAUAAAAUAAAAUCUAAGUGGUGACAAUAUGCAAUGUAUAUGAAUACACAUACUUUGUAAAGUGCAGGUGUUUCGUGCUAAUUACAUAAAAGCUAUUUACUAACAAAGGCACUAAUGUAACACGUGAUGAGCGUGUAAAAACACCUUGAAGCCAAGUGGUGUGCGCGCGUGCGUAUGUGUGUGUAGUUUCCAUGGGAGCAGCCGGUUCAACUAGAUAACUUGCUCGCCAUGGAGUGCAACGUUAACGCGGUGAAUUCUUCCUCUUCGCCGCAUUUGUCGGGAUGUAGCGGCGAAAACGGUGCGUGGCUUGGCUUGAGCUGCACUUCCGGGUUCUCCAAGCAGCAGCGGCUUCUCCACUGCUUGGAGGUCAAUGUGAGCGACAAGCACAGCAACGGCACAUCCGGCCUCGGCAUGGCGCAGGACAGGGGCAAGUACGACUUCUACAUCGGCCUGUCUCUGGCCAUCAGCUCCAGCAUCUUCAUCGGAGGUAGCUUCAUCCUCAAGAAGAAAGGUCUGCUCAGGCUGGCCAGGAAGGGAUCCAUGCGGGCAGGUCAGGGUGGUCAUGCGUACCUGAAGGAGUGGCUCUGGUGGGCUGGUUUGCUAUCAAUGGGCGCGGGUGAAUUAGCCAACUUUGCAGCAUACGCCUUCGCCCCCGCCACCCUGGUCACUCCCCUGGGAGCCCUCAGCGUGCUGGUCAGCGCCGUGCUGUCGUCGUACUUCCUGAGCGAGCGCUUGAACCUGCACGGGAAGCUGGGCUGCCUGCUCAGCAUCCUGGGCUCCACCACCAUGGUGAUCCACGCGCCGCAGGAGGAGGAGAUCAGCAGCCUGGAGCACAUGGCCAGGAAGCUGGUGGACCCCGGUUUUUUCAUCUUCGCCACCCUGGUGAUCAUUGUGGCGCUCAUCUUCAUCUUCGUGUUGGGCCCUCGCCACGGGCAGAGCAACAUCCUGGUCUACAUCACCAUCUGCUCGGCCAUCGGGGCGCUGUCGGUGUCGUGCGUGAAAGGGCUGGGCAUCGCCAUCAAGGAGGCGGUGGCGGGCACCAACGUGGCCAAGAUGCCGCUGGCGUGGAUCCUGCUGCUGGGCCUGGUGGCGUGCGUCAGCACGCAGAUCAACUACCUGAACAAGGCGCUGGACAUCUUCAACACGUCCCUGGUGACGCCAGUCUACUACGUCUUCUUCACCACGUCGGUGCUCACCUGCUCGGCCGUCCUCUUCAAGGAGUGGGAGCACAUGGGCGCCGACGACGUCAUCGGCACGCUGAGCGGAUUCGUCACCAUCAUCGUGGGCAUCUUCCUGCUGCACGCCUUCAAGGACGUCAGCGUCAGCCUGGCCGCGCUCGCCGUGUCCAUGCGCAAGGACGAGCGCGCCAACGGCACGUACGAGCUCCUCCGCGCCGGGGAGGACGCAGAGGAGCCGGCCUCGCCUUUCGAUGCCGUGUCCAGACGGAACGGAACCGUGACGCCUUAGGGACGCCAAUGCCUGACAAUCAAUGGACAGACCGAUGGAUUGUACUCCUUACUUUUCUCUUCCCUCUUGGCUCAUUCCAUUGGAGACACAAAAAAACACGUUCCCCAACAUUUACUUUACUUUUACAAACAUUUUACUUUCGCGUUUGUGUGGCUUUUUGUUAAAAACGGGGGGAAAAGUAACACAAAAAAAAACUGGCAAUUUUUUUCCAUGCUUUUUUUGGUUAACACAAUUUUUUGACUAUUUCAUAGUUUUUGCCAAAAUGGUGAAAAAGUUAAGUAAAACAUGAUAAAGUAAAAAAAAAAAAAAAAAAAAAGUUUAACAAAAUAUGAAAACCAAAAAAAUUGACUUUUUUCAUGAUUUUUUUUAUUAAAACAAUUUUUUUUUUUACUUUUUCAUAGUUUUUGCUGACACAAAAUCCAAAAAAUAUGAAAAACUAAAAGGUAAAAAAAAAAAAAUUGACAUGAAUUUUUUUCAUGCUGUUUUUGGUCAACAUUUUCUUUUGUCAGUUUUUGCUGAAACGGUGAAAAAGUUUUUGUUUAAAAAAUAUUAAACAGUAAAGUUUAGAAUUAUUUUGGGGUUGAAAAAAAAUUUUAACAUUCAUGUUUUUAUAUGGAAAAAGUCAAAGUGUAAACAAAACAUGAAAGUUACUAUUUUUGUUGGAAAAGUUGUGUUAACAAAAAACAUGAAAAAAAACUUGACUUAUUUUUGUUUGACCAACUUUAGUCACGUAUAAGCAAAAAAAAAAGUUUAACAAGCUGAAAAGUUAACUUUUUACUUUGUUUUUUGUUGAAACAUUUUUAAAACAAAGUAAAUAUUUUUUGUUUAUUUUUUCUUUUAAUCUUUUUAAGCACAUUUUCAUGCACUGACUUCCUUUGUACAAAGAUAAUUUAUAUUCUAUAUGAGCUUAUUUUGAAAGUCACUGCUAGAAAUGGAGGUUGUGAUACUUGAAAGUAACUAUUUUUGUUGGCGUUCAUUCUGGACUUAAAAAAACAAAGUAGCCUUUACAUGUAAAGCCUGGAGAUGAUCCCACAGAUUUGUUACAUAUUUAUUGAAAUAAAAAUGAUUACAACAUUUGGAAAAGUCAAGGCACAGUUCAUAUAAAUGUGUUACUUAAAAAAGUGUUUCAGCAUGCAUGUUGGUCAAAAUAGAAAAAUCACCACACUUAAAUCUUCCACCACCUCAAACAUUUAAAUACUCGGUAUGUCUUAAAACGCCAUCUACUGCAAGUAUAAAACUGCUUUUUCUUAAUAAGGCACAAGUGAACACAGAAAAACAGAAUGGUCCUUUUCUAAGAAAGCCAAACUACGAGUGGAUUGUCUGGUCUCAAAAUGGUGGCGCUGUUGGGGGCGCGCCUCAGCUGCUGGCCAGCGACUGGUGGAUGGGCGGCUGGAAGCAUCGCACGUGCUCCACCGGCAUGUUCUCGCCGUCCCCGGACUUCAGGUACUUGUUCAGGAUUGCGAAGAUCUCGUUGUUGAGGACUUGGAAUUUGCGGAUCCUGUCCACCAUCUUCUUCAGGGGCUGAAAGGCGAGAUGAACGUCAGGAAUGCCUCAUGACGGCCCCAUCACACGUUCAGUUUUUUUUAAAAUGCAAGACAGGUGGUCGGGAAGUCCAACCAACAACGUGCCACCUAGUGGGAAAGUUGUUGUAUUGCAGCUUCUAGAUUUUUUAAAUGAUCAUGUAUGGCUUCUUUAAAUGAAUUAAAUGAACACAUGUAAUAAAAUGAUUAAACAAAAU